AGGUCCUGUCAAAGAGCAGGUUUCAAAAUGCUGCAGUGGGUGGAGCCAGGCUCAGACCCGGGGGUGGUCAAGUCUGGAGGCGUGUCAUGGGAAGAGUCAGCAGCAGAGACUGACAGGAUAUAAAUAAUCUGAGAACAUCACAGGUCAUCACACUGGAAGCUCCGGUUGGAUGUCAAGAAGACUCUCGCACAACUGAUCUGAUCUACACAACUUCACCAGGUUGGAGAAAUGGCCUCAGAUCUGAACAACGUUGCUGCCCUGGGUCGACCUUUCACCCUAGGAACACUCUAUGAUGCUCGGAAAGAAAUACUGAUCCCAGGUUUGACAUUGUGGGACAAUAAAACUCUACAAGGGAAGAUAAUUAAAAGUGUUCAAUCCUACAGUCAUUUUGAAAUGACUGAAUCUGACACCAUUGAAUCCAAGUCCUCUCUGCUGGAUGUUGAAGCUUCUCUGAAGGCCAGUUUCCUCAGUGGACUGAUCGAGGUUGAAGGAUCUGCCAAGUAUCUGAAUGAUCAGAAGAAAUUCAAGAAUCAGAGCAGAGUGACGUGUCAGUACAAAUCCACCACCCACUACAAACAGUUGUCAAUGAUUGACCUGCUGACUUUAGACGCCCACCAAAUGGAAGUUAUUAAGAAGAGCUCGGCAACACAUGUAGUCACGGGCAUCCUUUAUGGGGCAAACUCUUUCUUUGUGUUUGACAGUGAGAAGUUAGACGCCAGCAGCGUUCAAGACAUCCAGGGCAACAUGAGAGCUGUGAUAAACAAGAUCCCCACAUUUAGUCUUGAGGCGCAAGCUAGCAUCAAGCUGACUGAUGAAGAAAAAGACCUGACUAAUAAAUGCUCCUGCAAAUUCUUUGGAGACUUCAUCCUUAAGAGCAUCCCUGUAACAUUUGAAGAGGCAGUGAAGACCUGUGGACAACUUCCACAGCUACUGGGAGAGAAAGGAGAGAAUGCUGUCCCAGUGAAGGUCUGGCUGAUGCCACUGAAGAAUUUGAUUCCUGAAGCUGCUGAGCUGAUGAGUGAGAUCAGCGUUGGACUGGUGGGGAAGAUGCAGGAUGCUCUUGAAGAUUUGAGGGAAAUACGAAUGAGAUGCAACGAUUCUCUGGAAAACGGAGUGGUAGAGAACUUUCCAUAUAUUCAUGAAGAGUUCAAAACUUUCCAAAAAUUGUGUCACCUCUAUGCAUCUGACCUCCAGCAGAAGAUGGCGAAGAAACUCCCCUCCAUCCGUGAAGGUAAAGAAGAUGAGAGCUCAUUAGAAGAAAUCUUUGAAGACAGAGAGAAGUCACCAUUCAGUCAAGAGAAACUAAGCAAGUGGCUGGAUGACAAAGAGAGAGAAAUCAACAUCAUCAGAUCCUGUGUAGAUAUCAUGGAGGGAGUAAAGAUCGUCCGAAAUCAGUCCGAGCUGGACAGAGAGGUUCUUGAUCGAGAUGUAGAUCAUGCUCUGUGCUUUGUUUUCACCUCUAUGAUAAGGGGUGAUACCGACCUUGAUGUGAUGGCCACCUAC